AUGGUUGAUCUAGGGGGUUCUCUCGCUGUUGCUUCUAGAGGCCUAUUCGCUACUGGCGUCUCCACUGAUCUCAACGUGACAUAUCUGAGCUCCGGGGGCAAGGUUGGGGAUAGGGUUCUUGCAGAGGUCACUUGUGACAAAUUCGGUAAAAAUCUAGCAUAUACGUAUAUCACGUUCACGAACUCAAAAAACGAAAUCGUAGCAAGGGGUAGCCACACAAAAUAUGUGGCCCAUGCAUUUAAGGACCCAAGAAAUGCUGUUGAAGAACUGACGCCAAAUUCCUAA